GACUCAGUAUCCCCGGAGCGACCGUCUCGUGUACCCCGCGGAGGUGCUGCGUUUCCGUGCUCCAGCGUGCACGACACAGCCGUAACACGCAUACAGGCACACGUACACGCGACUCCAAGCCUUAUACAUAUUUACACGGAUACGUUUUACGUGGCCGUGCACGCACGCCUGGCCCACCUACACAUCUGCAGAACCGUGGAAAGGUGCGCGUACGUGCACGAGGUAGGCGCGCGUGUGCCACCGUCCACACACCUGUUCCUUCGGUCGAGAGACACGCCGAUAUCUCGCGACGAGAGACGACCGCGACAGUUCGACGACGCGCGUGUUUAUCAAGACCAUCGCGUGAUUACAUCGCAUCGACAGCUAAGGGCGAAAUCACCCCCUUUUGGAGGAACAAGUUCUCGAACGUGGAUGCUAAACACAACAUAACUGGAACGCGUGUUUUUGGUGGAGUCCAGUGAAUUCGGUGGAUGUUUCGUUGAUGGAUUACAUGAAAAAUAAUUAGUCGCGGAGGUUAACGUCGGACUUCAAAUUCCCGAUACACGCGAGUGUAUCGUCCUCCGUACGAUUUACAAUCGCAUUGAAUCUGAUAUUCGAUUUAUCCUUCGAGCUCGACUUUACGUGUAAGUUAGAUAAUAAAAAGACGUCCAACUACCUGGCUUGUAUAGUGGAUUUUCAGUCGAAGUGCGAGGCGAUUCCGAAAUUAGGACAGCGUCCAACGAGUUCAGACGAAGUCUGAAUCUCACGUAAAUUUCACCCGGUAUCGGUGAGCACGUGCUCCGUGAACGCUUUAGACAGCGUCGGAGAACAGGUGGGAACGGGAGCGAGCGCAUCGUCUCGAUCACGUGUUAUUCACGCACGUCUUUUGGAAAACAAUUCGAGUACUCGUGGAAGUGGGUCGUGGUAAAUUCGUGAAAGAUCCAGGAACAGACGCCUGGUGUUGUCGAGUGUACGUCACGUGCACACAACGACGCGACUCGACACGAUUAAUUACCGACGAUCGAGGUGAAACGGCCGAGCAAGAAGAAGGCUACGAGAAGAGAAAGGAGGGAAUACGAAGAGGAUCGUAACGAUCUACCGAUAUCGCACGAUCAAAGGCAACCGUACGAGGGAAAGGUACCUGUCGCGACGCGAGAGUGCACGUAAACAUCUCCGAGCUCGUCCCGUAUCCUGGAUCCACAGGUCCUCGUUGGAAAGCGUAGUCGUUCUCUUUGCUACGAGCGAUCCUUGUACCUCUUCCGUCUAACGAUAUCCGAGAAGAUCCAUGAGAAAAGCAAUCGAAACUUUAUAUUACCUCGAACCUUGUGCGUUUUCGGAUUUUCAUAGAGAAAUUUCAGUUUCCAAACGAUAAUUCCUAAAACAGUGUUGAAUGAGUGUUUGAAAAGUGUCUCGAGGGAAUAUCGUAUUUUUUGUACAACGACCGAUGUAUCUACGAAGUGGAGAACCGUGAGAUUCGAGAUAUAUCGAUAACAGUGGCUCUGGUAUUCGGUGUGUGCUCGCGGACCGGAAAUAAUAUUAAUAAGUAUCGGAGAAGUGAAGUGUGAUCGACGAACGGCAGGGUCUAUAAACCGGUCGAUCGUAUGUACGGUGUGAACAGUGUUUUCUGAACCGAUCGAUCCGUGGAAUAACGUCGGAUAUAUUCAGCAGCACUGACGAGGAACGACAGAUCUAUUCGAUUUCAAAUCGUUAGGAGUGGCUGAAGAAGAACGCAGGUGACCCACGGGGAAUGGUGAUGCGGUAGUCGAGGGAUUCCUCGAGGAAAGACAUGAGGGCGGCCGCCGCCUACGUCCUGUUCCUUGCCCACCUCAUACAGGCUACGAACGCGAGCGGAUUCUUCGAGGUACAGAUCCUCUCGCUAACGAACAACAGGGGCACCCUGGUGGACGGUAGGUGUUGCGGCGGAGGAGGUGAUGGCGGAGGAAAGGGAGAAUUACCACCGUGCACGACACCGUGCUCGACAGCCUUCUGGCUCUGCUUGAAGGAAUAUCAGUCGAAUGUCACCGCCAUCGGCUCCUGCAGCUUUGGCAACGUAUCUAGUCACGCCCUCGGCCAGAACACCUUCACCCUAAGCGAACCUGUCACCCUACAACUUCAUUUCACCUUCCGAUGGACGAGGCAAUUCACGCUGAUCCUGCAAGCGAGAGACGAGGCGAGCACAGGCGUGAUCGAGGAAGCGAGUUUCAGCGGCAUUGUCCUGCCAGGACCCACGUGGCACACUCUCAAUCAUGAAGGAAGAAACGCUCAUCUAGCUUAUCGCGUUCGGGUCCAGUGCGCGGACCAUUAUUACAACGCGACCUGCACGAAGUUCUGCAGGCCGAGGAACGACAUAUUCGGCCAUUACACCUGCGACGAGAAUGGCGAUAAGGCCUGCAUACAGGGUUGGAAAGGCGCCGAUUGUGAAAUAGCCGUCUGCAAAGAGGGUUGCCACCCCGUGCACGGCCACUGCAACGUGAGCGGCGAGUGCAAGUGCCGACACGGAUGGCGUGGUGAACUCUGCGACCAGUGCACCCCGUAUCCAGGUUGCAAGCACGGAUACUGCAACGGUUCCAGCUGGCAGUGUAUCUGCGACACGAACUGGGGUGGUAUCCUCUGCGACCAGGAUCUCAAUUAUUGCGGCACGCACGAACCCUGUCAAAACGGUGGGACGUGUGAAAAUACGGCGCCGGAUCAGUACAAGUGCACCUGUCCCGAAGGAUUCUCAGGACCAACCUGUGAAAAAGUCGACAAUCCCUGCGCCUCCAAUCCUUGUGCCAACGGAGCGACCUGCAGAGAACUCGGGGAGAGCGCUCACUGUGAAUGUGCUCCUGGAUUCUCCGGGCCUUACUGCGGCACAGAUAUCGACGAAUGUGCGUCUCAACCUUGCCAAAAUGGAGGCACUUGCGUCGAUGGAAAGAACGAAUUUGUGUGCAACUGUCCAACAGCCUGGCAAGGUAUUCUUUGUCAGUUCGACGUGGACGAAUGCGCUCUGAAAGAGUCUCCGUGCAAAAAUUCGCUGACUUGCGUGAACCUUGCUGGUGACUACAAAUGUCGCUGCAGGAGUGGUUUCACAGGGAAGAACUGCACGAAGAACAUCAACGACUGCAUCGGCCAAUGUCAACACGGGGCACUGUGCAUCGACCUGGUCGACGACUACCAUUGCAGCUGUACCGCAGGAUAUUCGGGCAAGGAUUGCGACGUGGAUAUCGACGAGUGUGCCUCGAAACCCUGUCAAAACGGGGGAGAAUGUAGAGACCUGGUGAACUCUUACGAGUGCGUUUGCCCAGUCGGUUUCACCGGAUUCCAAUGCGAGAUCGACAGAGAUCACUGCAGUCCGAAUCCAUGCAGAAAUUCUGCACCCUGCUUCAACACGCAAACGGAUUACUACUGUCACUGUCCCGAACAAUGGCAAGGGAAAAACUGCUCCGAGCCAGCAGCUCACAAUCCACAAUUUGGCGUCAUGGAUGAAGAAUCUGGCUGUGGUAGCGAAGGUACGCCUUGUGGAGGCAGAGGCAAAUGCACUGGCGGAAGGUGUAUUUGCGAUGCUGGUUACACCGGGAUGCAUUGCCACGAGAAUAUCAACGACUGCAGAGGAAGUCCUUGCUUGAAUGGUGGAACAUGCGUCGAUCUGGUUAACUCGUUCCAGUGCAUCUGUAGGGAGGGAUGGACUGGAGAUCUGUGUGACCAAGACGUGGACGAGUGCACGACAGCUCCCUGUCGCAACAAUGGCACUUGCGUGGACGGAGUCGCGGAUUUCACCUGCAUCUGCAGGGGUGGUUGGAAAGGGAAAACAUGCACCCUUCGUGCCGGCCACUGCGAACCAGGUACUUGCCGCCACGGUGGAACCUGUCAAGAUCGCGGUGACGGAUUCACUUGUCAUUGUCCUCCAGGAUGGGAAGGUGCUGCCUGUCACAUAGCAUCACCUGCGUGCGCGAGUAAUCCCUGCGAGAACGGAGCGACCUGCGUGAACACCGCCGAUGGCAACUACAGAUGCGUCUGUCGCGAAGGUUUCGAAGGGCCAAAUUGUCGUCGAGACGUGGACGACUGCCAACCUUUACCAUGCUUAAACGGUGGCAAAUGCGUAGAUGGAAUCAACUGGUUUAGGUGCGAAUGCGCGCCAGGUUUCACCGGUCCGGACUGUCGAAUAAACGUGAACGAAUGCGCUAGCGAUCCCUGCACGGGCGGAUCGACGUGCGUAGACGGUAUAGCGAGCUAUUCCUGCAUCUGUUCGCCAGGAAGGACAGGAGUUCGCUGCGAAAUCCGUACCGCGGGCGGUCUAGGAUGUCCCGUAGCCAGUUGGGACGACGACUGCAACGUCUGCGAGUGUAGAAACGGGAAGAAUCAGUGCAGCAAUAUCUGGUGUGGUCCUGGGAACUGUCUGAAUGGUACAUCGUGUCUAGCUCACGAGGUUUGUGUACCUAGUCCAAGCGAGAGUUGUCUGGCUCCGUCGUGUCCAGCCUGGGGUGAAUGUCGUCCCGUGGAAACCGGAAGACGAGUAGGACCACCUGCUCUGCCCGCGCCGCCUUCCUGUUGGCCUGGACAGGCUACGCCAGGCCCAACCUGCUCUAGACUCACUAUUUUGCUUAGAAGAGAUACUCUCGCUGCUGGCACGUCCGUUGAGAUCCUCUGUAGACGGCUGAGAAAGCUCCUGGCUGACCCAAGAAGGCCACAAUCCAUUGUUCUUUUGUGUGAUCUUAAACCUGGAGAUAACGAUACAGUGGAAGUGACUAUCUUUUCUGAGGCAGCCUCAGAUGCGGCUAGAGAUCUAGGCGAAGCUCUCAGCAGACCUCUGGGCAGACCUCUCGCUCUGGCCUCUGUCCUGGAGGUCAAAGUAGAGACGGCCUUGCUCAGUGAACCGAGUUCCUCGAACUCCAGCAGCGCCGGAAGCUACGUGGCCGUUCUUGGCGGAGCCCUGGCGACUGUUUUGGUCCUGGCACUAUUUGGUGGAUUGUGGUAUCUUAGAAUGGUCAGACAGAGAUCAAGAUUAACUGCAACAACUAGCAGCGAGACUUCUUUGCAUCGGCAUCGUAGCGAUUUGGAUGAGAAGUCGAACAAUCUUCAGAACGAAGAAAACCUGAGAAGAUACGCAAAUCCUUUGAAAGACCAGGACCAAGGAGAACCAAGAGUCUCUGUGGUGAGACCUCUGUCUGGAACUUCGCUGGGUGCUUUGGGUACGACAGAGGAAAGCUUGGAGAUGGUCUCUGAGGACAGUAGACAUCGCUUGCCACCGCUUUAUAAACCUCCCAGCGCAGAAGCUAGAAAUAAUACUGCCAGUUUCACGUACGAGGAAGGACCCCAUAAACCAUACAGCAAACCCAGACUGCAGGAGCCGACAUAUUCCUCUCAUCAGCAACCGGGCACCAGCCAGACUUCAGCACCCCAUCAAGUACUCACGGUUCACGUGUAAUAUGAUAGAGUCGCAAAUGUUCGAAGAUAUCCACUUCUAAAGAAAGAUCCUCUAUCUUUAGAUGAUAGAAACGAAGAUAAAAAAAAGCAGUUGUAAAGGACGUUGUAUGAAGAAACGAAGUGGAAAAUGAUUAUCGAACUGUAAUGGGGGUAAUUUUAACGAACAGACUUAAGAACGAAUCGCAUGUUUGUUGCCUCUUAUUAAAAGCAUGAAUCAUUAAUCACUUUUAGGAAAUGAAAUUGUGAAAAAUUGUGUAUUGCAUUUUAAAAUCAGGAUUUCGAGAAACAUGUUACGUUAUAGAUUAUUUUUUCUUCCUGGGAAAUACAAAACAACGUAGGAAGCUAGAGAAAGAGAUUGUAUUUCCUUUUUAAUAAGAUUCUGCUGAUUAUAGAUAAGAGAUGAUUUUUUAACAAAACUUUAAAGAUUUAUUGCAAAAGAAGCAUCGUUCUCUAUCUUCCUCCAAUGGAUCCCUCGCUAUUCUACGACAAUAAUCGACAGUCUACAAUUAUAUAUCAGCAACGCCGAGUUGUUUUAUCGUUGUACAUAUGUACAUAGCCCGUACUUAUUAAUUUUGCUAAGCCUGUAUCACCUCUGAACGCCGUCGUCCCUAUGGUCAGCCUUAAGGUGUAAUUAUCGACGUGUAUCCGCGUUACAAUCGUAGGCAUUCACACGCGAUCCGAAGUCAAGAACAUAGCCAAGUGACGGCGAGCAGCCACCGUAGGUUUCGUAGAGCUAUAGCACGUAGGCGAAUUAAUCUGCGUCAACGCAGGCUUCGGACGUUUCAUCGGACGAUAUUAUUGUGAUACUCAUAGAGCGAACGAGAGAAAGAGUGCGAGAGAGAAUAUCGUGCGUAAGAUUUAACCAGCUCCGUAACACCCUCUUGGAAAAAUUACGAGUCAAUCGGUGUUUCGAAUCGCGAUCCAAGCUCGCUUGUUAAGUAAAUUUAUCGACUAAUUAAUUCAAAUUUACUUCUGUCGUCGAUCUUGCUUUCAAUCCUAACAUUGGUCUUCUUAGAAUUUCAUCUAAAUUUUCAACACGGUAUUGAUUUAAUUAAAUGAAAAUUGUUUAUUUGAUCAAUAAUAUUCGUGAGUGUACAAUUGAACGAAUUAACAAAACGAUAUAUCUUUUUCUGUAUGAAGGGUGCGCGAAGAACUUUUGCGAUCGACGAAAGCGAUCGAUAGACGAGAAGCGACAUAACACAGCCACGAUCGCAUGAUCCGAGCGAUGUAUGAUGUAAAUAGACCCACGUACAUAGAUCCAGAUACUUUUUUGUCCCUCUUUUGGAUCUCCCUUACCUAUGCCCUCCUAUCUUCCCCUGUUAGAUGUGCAAUUUUAUUUUUUUUUUCUCUCUCUUUUAGUAUCGUUCCAAGCGUAUGACGACGAACGAUCAACAACAGACGCGCGGAACGCGCGUAUUACUGGACUUUUAUCGACGAAGAGAUCGCAUAAAUUCGUAUUAGGCGUACGUAAGUUGUAACGGGAGAAAUUUUUAUAACAGAUAGUUUAUUUUAUAAAGAAAGCUAUAUUAUUAUACAAAAUAUAUAAAAGCGAUGAAAAAAUAUAUAUAUAUAAAUAUAUAUAUAUAUAUAUAUAUAUUAUAUUAUAUUAUAUUAUAUUAUAUUAUAUUAUAUUAUUUUUUAUUUUAUUGCCUUGUAUUAAUUGUUGAGAGAUCACGGACAAUAGUUCCUCCUAAAUCGAAAUUCUGCUUAUAGUACGAUCGGUCGGAAAAACGAUCUAGUAGAUUUUCUUCUCUCUGUUUCCGAUUAACAGAACUAAUGUCCUUGGUCCCUGGUCUAGAUAGCUAAUGGAUAAUCCACGCGUUGUGAUCAGUCCCGUGUCAGAUAAGCGCGAAGGAAGCGUGAAUGAGUGCGUGUAAAUAAAGUUAAGCUCCUUCCGGUCCCGCAAUCAUUUCUUUUUUUUCGUCUAAGGUAGCGACAACGACAAUGACGAUGACUACGACUAUGACAAACAACGAUGAUGAUGGUGAUGAUGAUGAUGAUGAUGAUGAUGGUGAUGAUGAACAAGUUUCAAUAAAAAGUACAACCCUUACAACA